AUGCCGAAUGGCGGAGACAGUCUUCGCUGUCCUUGUCUUGCGUUUUGUGGCGACUCCGCCCACCAGGCCCGCGACUGCCCUAAGAAAGGAGCCUCUGUUUGCUACAACUGCGGUGGAGAAGGACAUCUUAGCCGCGAUUGCAAUGAACCCGCCAAGGAGAAGUCUUGCUACCGUUGCGGUAUGACCGGUCAUAUUUCCCGUGAUUGCACCCAGUCCGGCGGCGGCGAAUCCGGAGAGACUAGAUCUCAGGAAUGCUACAAGUGUGGUCAGGUCGGUCAUAUUGCCCGCAACUGCAACCAGGGAUCCGGAUACAGCGGCUAUAGCGGUGGUUCUUAUGGUGGCAGCGGCGGCGGUUAUGGCGGCCGUGGUCAGACCUGCUACUCUUGUGGUGGGUAUGGCCAUAUGGCUCGCGAUUGCACCCAGGGUCAGAAAUGCUACAACUGCGGUGAGCACGGCCACGUUUCUCGCGACUGCACCACCGAAGGCAAAGGAGAGCGUGUUUGCUACAAGUGCAAGCAGCCUGGUCACGUUCAGGCCGCCUGCACCAACUAA